UAUAUUUACCAUCGGACAUUAAUGCAUUUAAAAGAAAAUAAAAAUGAGGAAUUAAUAAAAAUUGAAGAAAACCCUUCAAAACCUCCUCCUCUUCCUCUACCUAUUUUUGAUAAUUUAAAUGAUUUGUCUAAAUACCCAAUUUUACAAUUAUUAGCUGCUGAUGCCUAUUUUUCUUCAGCUAGGUAA